ACCACCGAUCACACUAUAUUUUCUAUAACAUAACAUAUAUAUAUCUUUUUCACCUAUCAAGAAAGUUGAAUUGAACAAGAACUAUAUACAUACAGAUAAUGGCAACACAAUAUGAGUUUGAGCAUCCUAAGAAGGCUUUCGGUUGGGCAGCUAGAGAUACUUCUGGUGUUCUCUCCCCUUUCAAUUUCUCUAGAAGGGAACCAAGUGAGAAAGAUGUAGCACUCAAAAUAUUAUAUUGUGGAAUAUGUCACUCCGAUCUUCAUAAGAUGAAGAAUGAAUGGGGCACUAUCAACUAUCCAUUUGUUCCCGGACAUGAAAUUGUUGGCAUAGUGACUGAGGUGGGAAAUAAAGUGAGAAAGUUCAAAGUUGGUGACAAAGUAGGUGUGGGAUGCCUGGUUGAUUCUUGUCACUCAUGCCAAAAUUGUGCUAAUAAUCUUGAGAAUUAUUGUCCCACAUUUACACUCACUGAUGGUUCCAAAUAUAGUGAUGGAACCGCCACGUAUGGCGGUUACUCUGAUUCAAUGGUUUCGGACGAGCACUUUGUGUUUCACAUUCCAGAUGAGUUACCUCUUGAUGCCGCCGCACCUCUGCUUUGCGCUGGUAUCACAGUAUAUAGUCCUCUUCGAUAUUUUGGACUCGACAAGCCUGGUUUGCAUGUUGGUGUUGUUGGUCUUGGCGGACUUGGCCAUAUGGCUGUGAAAUUUGCCAAAGCUUUUGGUACUAAGGUUACGGUAAUUAGUACAUCGCCUAGCAAAGAAAAGGAAGCAAUCAAAAACUUGGGCGCAGAUUCAUUUUUAAUAAGUCGCGACAAAGAUCAAAUGAAGGCUGCAAUGGGUACUUUGGAUGGUAUUAUCGACACAGUUUCAGCAGAUCAUCCUCUAUUACCUUUGAUUGGUUUACUUAAGUCUCAUGGAAAGCUUGUAAUGGUUGGUGCACCUGAAAAGCCUCUAGAGCUUCCAGUAUUUCCUUUACUUGCAGGGAGAAAGAUAAUAGCUGGAAGUUUAAUUGGAGGGAUAAAGGAGACUCAAGAAAUGAUUGAUUUUGCAGCAAAGCAUAAAGUAAAGCCAGAUAUUGAGAUAAUUCCUAUUGAUUAUGUUAAUACAGCAAUGGAGCGGCUUCUUAAAGCAGAUGUGAAAUAUCGAUUUGUGAUUGAUAUUGGAAACACAUUAAAACCAAGCUCUUGAAUUUGAAAGGAUAUAUGUUUCAUAGAAAAAUUCAGUGGUAAAAAAUGGAGUACUUAAGUGUAGCAUACUACCAUGUUCACCAAAAAUAGAAAAGAAUUCAGUGUAUCACUAGCCAAGGAGAUUUUAUGCUAGUAUUUGCAUCAUAAUGAUCAUCAUAAUAUUGUUAUGGUCGAUGUCAUUUCUAGAGUAGAAACAAAAUAAGUUUUAUAUGUACUGGUAUUGUGUUUGCUUUGUUGCAAGUGAUAUAAUUUUUAUUUUAAUUUCAGUAACACUCUAGUUCAGGGAAUUCUGGUUAUCUUGAAUUCGACUGAAAGAUAAAUAAAAUUUGCUUAAUAAUUGUUCC